AUGGAACGCGAGUAUAUGGAGAAGCUCAACAACUACUGUCUAAAGAAUAAAUUCCACCUGGUUUAUGCCGACUUCACGUCGACUGUCCCACGUAGUAAUCCUGAGUUCACAUUUGUGGUUAAAAUAAACGGCAAAGAAUAUGGUACAGGCAUUGGUAAAAAUAAGAAGGACGCAAAAGCAGUAGCAGCAAAAAAAACCUGGGAAAUUAUUGAGAAACAGACAGAGAGUCCUUCAAACAUGCAAGCUGCAGAACCAAUGCCAACUCCAGCGACCUUAUCACCUGCACUAGACAACAACUAUAUUGGCCGACUAAAUACAUAUUCACAAAAGACACGUGAAACAGUUGAUUACUCCACAAAAUGUACUGGAGAAGCCCAUGCUCCCAGGUUUUCUUGUAGCUGUAUAAUUAGUGGUUUUGUGUAUGGAAUUGGCACUGGACCUUCUCAAGCUACUGCAAAACAAGCUGCUGCAAAAGAAGCAUAUGAGAAGCUAUGUAAGGAAGGCACUAUAACAGAGGGAAGUGAAAAAUCUAACACCAAUUCUACAUCUAGGGAACAUGUUCAUUGCUCUGAAGUGCCAACUCAGUCUGAUUUCAAUAACAGCAGUAUUUUCUUUAAAGACUCAGCUGGAGGCUUGGUAGAAAAAGUGAAAGACAUGGCAAUAUGUGAAAAGCCUUCACCUUCUCAGAGACAUGCACAAAGUUCUGCCCUGAAACCCCAAAGAAAAUUGGCAGCUAAUUUUGCUAAUGCAAGAAGCAAGGAAGAGAAAAAAAAUAUGCCAGAUUCAGAUGAAGAUUUGACAAAUUUGGACACAAAUACCAGUGAGGAGAAUGAAAAUCCAUACACUGUGAAUAAAAGAUUUCUUGAGAGUUUUAAAAAUAUAGAGCCUAUUGGUGAAGGUGGUUUUGGGAAUGUUUUCAAAGCAACUGCAAAGAUUGAUGAGAGAACCUAUGCAAUCAAACGAGUUCCCUUCACAAAGAAUGUGAAGCGUGAAGUUACAGAACUUGCAAGACUUGAACAUGAAAACAUAGUGCGGUAUUAUUUCAGCUGGAAAGGGUGCGACCGUUAUCCAGGCUCAAGGCAAAAGGCAGACAAAGAAGUUCUCUAUCUUUUCAUCCAAAUGGAAUUAUGUGAACGGGGAACAUUGGAAAACUGGAUUGACAACAGACAAGACCGAAAGGAUCAUAAGAUGGCACAAAACAAAUUUUUACAAAUACUGAAAGGAAUGGAAUAUAUUCAUUCUAAAGAGUUAAUUCAUCGAGACCUCAAGCCUCAGAAUAUAUUCAUAUCACGUGAAGAUAAAGUAAAAAUAGGUGACUUCGGUCUUGUGACUUCCGCGGCAUAUGAGACUCUGACUGAGAACAGAGGAACAAAAUCAUAUAUGGCACCAGAACAGGUCAGGAAUGACUAUGGAAAGGAAGUAGAUAUUUAUGCUCUUGGAUUAAUUUGGUUUGAAAUUCUUUCGGCAUUCACUCGUCAUGAGAAAAUGAAGGUAUGGAGUGAUGUUAGAGAAGGUAAACUUCCAAAGAGCUUCACCAAUGAAUUUCCAACGGAAGAGCCCAUAAUCAAAAAGAUGCUUUCAAGAGACCCUUCAGUAAGAUACUCUGCAUCUGAAAUACUUAACUUUUUGAAGUCUGUUGAUAGAGGCAACACACAUAAAGCUUGUAGUUAUUAA